CGCAUCGCAGUCCAGCAAUGGCAGCCGCCGACGCCGCCGCCGACGCCGCGAAGCUCUCCGUCUCCUUUCAGGCGUUCGCGGCGCUCCUCGACUGCUGUGCGGCCGCCGGCGGGGACUGCGACGGGAUUCUCUUCGGCCGUGCCGCCCUCCCCCCUUCCUUCCCCGACGACGAUCCCGCCCCAACCCUACCCAUCUACGUCACCGGCCACUCCUCGCUCGCCCGACGCUCCGUCCUCUCCAACGCACUCGACUGCUUCAAGCCCUACUCCCCCGCCCGCCCGGGCACGGCCACCGUCGGCUUCUUCUCCUCCCGCCGCAGCGCGUGGGCGACGCGCCGCCCCUCCAUGCGCGAGGCCGCCGUCGCCCGCUCCCUAUCCAAAUCCCUGGCCCUCACCCACCCCGUCGUGUUUCUCCUCUUAGCCCCCUCUGUCGCCUCCGACCUCUCCAUCCACUCGUUCGACCACCGCGCCUUCCUCCUCGUUGAUUCCCGCCUCGUCCCCACCUCCCUCACGAUCGUCAACGUGGGUCCUCGUUACCGGGGUCAGUACCAGUGCCACACCUUCGCCCCGGAGUCACCAAUGCCGUGGCUGCCGCCUCCGCCGGCAAACAUCGGAGAGCAAUCAACCGAGGAGGAGGAGAUGUAUUCCGGGAUGCUAAGGAGGUUGGAGAGGCUUGCUCAGGAGGCGGAGGAGGGCAAUAAGCGUCUGCUCCGUCAGGAAAAUAAGAACUUAUUGGGAAGGAGAAAAUUUGCUUGGUUGAAGUAAGGGCAGAGAUCUUGUUCUCAGUAAGGGUGUAGAGGCUCUGUAAGAAGGUCACAAAAUUUGAAGCCGGGACCCUUGAACUAUAUCUUGAGUUGAAGUGCCUGCCUAUUUCUUCUUCUUUUUGGCUGGAUGCUUUCUGGACUUUCAGUAUCGCAUGUCUGUUCUUUUGAACAGAAGAUUCAGAUUUCUUAUAUUUUGAGACGGAGUUAGUAGUAAUUAUGAAACCAGUUUUUUAUUCCUUACAUGCAAAAUGUGAGACGUGGCAUCAUUUCGCCACUGCACCUUGGAUAGCUGAAUGCAGUAGUGUUCCAUGUUAUGCAGAUUCAAGUCCAGUUUGGAUUUACCAUUCUAGUAUGCUUUUUUUA